AGAAAACUGCAAAAAUGCUGAAAACCUGAGUUAUUUUAAAUGAAGGUUAAAAUCUAUUUAUUUAGAGAUGCAUCUGACUAUUUAAACUAUAAACUGAAACAUUCUUAAUUUCAAUCUGUAGUCCAACUAGUGUUUAAUCAUGCCACUGCAAUGUACCUUUUGAUUUUUCUUUCUUUAUGUUUCCAUCAUUUAAAGGACUUUGUACUGUCUUGUUGCUAAAAUGUGCUAUAUGAAUAAACCUGCCUUGCUAUAAUUAGCUGAGCCACAAUCCCAAUACCAAAAAUACAUAACAGCCCCCAAACAAUGCUAUUAUUUAGAGCUGUGUUAAAUUAUAAAUAUUUGUUUUCUAAAUUUGUAUUGGACCCAUAUUAUGGUAGACCUGGGUUGGUGCCCUAAAAAAACGUUUUAUCGCAAGUUUUUAACCUUUUUUCAGUCGGAAGGGGAAAAAAACAGAAUUGUAGAAUUAAGGAAAGAAUACAUAAUGUGACCAUAUCCUUUGUUUCUUAAUUUAUGUGUCCCCUUUUACCAGAUUGGCCAAUUUACCUUUAUUUUACUGAAUGCAAUGACCAAAAAAUUAUUUUUACCAUUUGUUAAACUGCACAUAUUAUAUUUCCCCACAUAUUUCUCAGCAGGCUGGACCGGUGUUCUGAUCCAUACCCAGCUCUCAGAUCUGUCUCGGACUGAGGAAGCUCACGCCGCCCACCUCCAGCCUCCUCGCUAUUCUUUCCCCUUUAAAGGAAGCUGGAAGUGAAAGUUAAGUUGCGGCGCUCGUUUCUCGUUUUUCCUCUUUAAGUCAGCGGCCAGUUUGGAAAUCAGUCGCUAGUCUGUCACGAGCAGGAAGAGGUCUUUCUGUUCACCUGCGCGGUCCAAGGAGGGAAUAAGAACAACAAAAACAACAACAACAACAAAACUUCGUCCAGAGGGAUAAAAAUGUUUCAGUGGUCGGAGUUGCUCCCUUUGACUUGUCUGUUCCUUGCGGCUGAAACCACAACAGGCCAGAUCUUACAACCGCAAAAUCUUUCCUUGGUGUGGAUAAAUGACUCCACUCCAGAGGUCUCCUGGGAGCCACCUCCACACUUGACAGGAUGCAAGUAUGAACUUCUCAUAACAACAUCAGCAGACGGCGAGCCAGACCAUGAGGCAAUAGACAUAAACUACCUGGAUACAUCUUAUCAUCAUGAAGUAUUCAUGCAGGGAGGAUUUCUUCAGUUUUCUUUGACAACUGUUUGUGACGCUAACCGAAGUGAACCAGCAGUUUUAGAAAUAAGAUACCCAGAACUGGUGAAGACGCUGGACUGCUACAGCUAUACCGCCACUCAAGCUCACUGCUCCUGGUCCCCUGCCUCUAACGCAACAGACCUUUGUUUUUUCUAUUGGUUGGGCACUCAUUACAGCGAUGAAACCCCAACAAAAAAAUUACAAGAAUGCUCAUCAUACACUUACACUGGUGAUGUGAAAACUGGGUGUAAUUUGCAAGCAACCCAAAAAACAUUCAUUGAAAUGUUGUUUAAUGCAACACUGAACAACACGCUUGUUCGGAACACCUUCAGGCACGAAAGGUUCCGUGUAAAACCACCUCCCCCUACAUGGACAGUCAUAAAAAGUAAGGACAAGUUGAAUAUUAGCUGGAUUCCUCCAGACAUGCUAAGACUGGAUUUAUGGACAUUCCUAAUAAAGUACACAGCAUGUGAUUCCAAAAAGGAGAUUAACAUUCCAGGAGCAACUUUGCACAUGCUGGAGCGGGUCUCUCGCUGUCGGUACUGCAUAUCAAUCGCAGCCACGAGCAAACAUGGAAACUCAAUGCCAAGUGAUCAGAAGUGUUUCGAUGCUGAUCGGGAUCUUUCUUCCUUGGUGUAUGCUGUUGUUCCUGGCCUGAUGGUUAUUGUAGCACUCGUCAUCCUUGUGUGUUGUAGGAAGAAUAAGGAUAUUAUUUUCCCCAAAGUACCAGAACCUCGGGACUUCCUCACAGAUAUAACCAACAACAAGAGUUCUUUUUGCAAGUUGUACAAUCCGGCAGAGGAAGAAAAGAACUGUAAACUCACUCUGCUGACAGACACACAAGCCAGCAAACCAUAUUCACAAAUCCACUGACUGCUCACACUUCCUAUGAAAAAUUAUCUACCCUGUGUGAAUAAACCAGGUUUACAUCCUGGUUUUUAGUAAUGCACAGAUAAAUUGAUCUGAUUCAUAAACAUGGACCAGAACAAACAAAAAGGAAUCAUGUUGGCAUCAAUUUGUAAACCCAUUUUUGACUUCAUUGUUUGUAACUUCCAUCGGUCAUCUCAGGAAACUGUAGAUUAAAGGGCCAUAUUAUUACAAUAGAAGAAAAUAGUUCUUUCUGAAGAGAUUCACACAACAGCUGCUUCUUUUCAUGGAAAUGUAGAAGACUGAAGUAUUUUGCACAAAACACUCCCUGCGUUGUUGAACUAUGUGUCUUUCCUUUUCCUGGGAGACCCUUUGGAUACAUGCAGCUGUUUCUGCUCCGCAACAUUAUCGUGAGAUCCAGAUUGUAAGGGAAUAGCAGCAGUGCUGAGCUGCAUCAGCUGAAAGCGUUUCACCAUAUACCGAUACACUGUUUCUUAAUUAAUGAGAUCCUAAGUUGUGUUUCUUUUGUUGUUGUAUGUGUUUCUUUUAUAAAUUCUAGUACUAAUUUUAUUUUCAACUUUUUCAGUCCACAAUCAGACAUGUUUUUCCCAACUGGACACUUCCAAUUUCUGUGUUCAAAUGGGGCUCAGCAUAAUAAUUUGUAAAUAGGGUUUUUGGAGUUCCCAGAUGAGAAUACAACAAUGUGCCCUGAUGUCUCCUAGCAGCUCCAGUUCAGCCUCCAUCUUGGCUUCUAUGGCUAAUGGUACAUAUUACCACAACACUAGGCACAUGCUAAACCAUUACUGUUUAAAUUUAUUGCCCGUUACAUAAAAAAAUCAAUUGUUUCUCUUUUUGCAGUCAGGCAGCUGCUAAACUUGGUAGAUUGUUUGUUUGAAUGUACCACAUACAAUAGAUAAAAAUCUAGGUAUUUAGUUAGCAAAUUAUCAAAGCUAGGCAUAAUUACACAUACUCCAAACACUUCUUGGCAGCAAAGUGCUUCAAAUGGAAUCCUUGGUGUGUGUGAAAUGUGUCUGAACCACCCAUUAUGGCGAUACAGGCCCUGAGACCAGAAGUGGCUUGAGGCCAGUUGCUUACAAUAAUCUACAAGGAGUAAACCAUUGGCAACUAAAAUGUUCUCAACCUAGCUAUGAAAUAAUUGUCCUUCUGAAAUGAUGACUUCUGAAGCAAAUUAUAUAUUUUUUUUUAUUCUGUGUUCCACGUGUUUUUAAAAAUCUGCUAAAUAUUAUUAAUAUUAUAGGUUGGGAAAGAAGAUGGUUCUCUUGUUUUGCCUCACCAAAUGGUAAGUUAAAUGGUAAGUUAGCAGGUGAGAUGCUUAGAGGUUGUUCCUGCAUCCAUGGUCUUUUCUACCAUCUCUGGUUACCUCACCAAUCCUCUGCCCAGAGCUGGGCACGUAAAGCUGAAUGGAUCUCCAUACAGCACAGUGCAGUUAUUAAUAGUCAACUACUACCUUUGCCAAAAAAGUGCAUAUAUAGUAGCAUUAGGUCUUCCAGAAAAUUCCACCAUGGACCAAAGUAGCCACCCUCUGAAUGUGUUACUUUCUUUGUUUUUCUGUCAUCUUUGGUGAUGUGCUUUGUGUAGUUGAUGCAUGGAGCUGUUUGUGAAUGCUUUAAAAUUAAGAAUGUUUCUUUCUCAAUUGGAAUUUCUAUAUUUGCACACAGAACUUCUGAUGUAUAAGUUUUAAAGUAGAGCUUUUAUGUGUUUUUAUACCUCUGUCAUCAAGCUGGUUGUAAAGGGGAACAAUUGUAUUAAUCAUUUGGAGUGUUGUGAAGUGCCAUCGCUUUUACUGUGAUGGCUGUAUUCUGAAUGUGCAUCUGUAGCUAGCAGCUGCCAUUGCUUGGCAACCAGACAGGGUUACCAUAAUAGUUCAAAGAUGACUCCAGUUUUUUGUCUCAUUUCUAGCUUGCCUCUUUUUAGCUAAACUCAUAAGCAACUGCUAGCUCUGGCUUUCCAUGUUACAGAUCAGUUUAACAUGUUACGCACCAGUGUGAAAAAUACCAUACGUCCAUGUCUUAGAGAGAAUGUAAAUAUAUUACAUGUGUCAAUCAUACAAGAUUAAAUGAAAUAAAAAAAUGUAAAAAGUAAAA